AUGGUAAGUUCAAGAUUCUUCCGCCUACCUAACGAGGAGGACUACAUUUGCUGUUUCCCCUUCACGGAUCAGGGGCAGGUCACCUAUGAUAUCGACAAGAAGAGAGCGUGGUUUGUAAACAUCUGUGCAGUCGCGAAUGGAGAGAAGGACACUAUAGAAUCACUGGCUGAGAAGUUUGAUGCUAAAGUCAAUCUCAAGGUGGACCACGAAGCGAACCGUGCAUCCAACUACCCAAAGAUCGACGAAGUCUCCAAAGAACUCCUUACGUUCAAACUCGACCUAGGAGAUGGCGCAGAAUCAUUCCAGACCAAACGAAUUGUAUUGGCUGUCAGUCAAUGCGUCGAUGGGCUAACUGAGGCAGUCGAAACGUACCUCAACUCCUGUACAGAAGCCCAGAUUCUCCUACACGGGCGGGAUCGUGAAGCCAAUACUACCCUUAUACUUGCGAUAAUGGAGCAGAGCUCGGCCAUGGUCUCGCCUCUUUUAAGACACGGUGCCAAGAUAGAUGCUACCAACGUAUAUGGGCGGAGCGCGCUUAUGGAGGCAGCACUAUGGGGAAGACUGGAUAAUGACACUGAGAAGAACAGACGUGAGAGAUAUGUGCGAGCCGGCGGUGUCCUUUCCGCUACCACUGAGCAGAAGCCUGUCUAUCGCGAAGAUACGUUCAACAGAGACAAGGAUCGCCAAGCCAUCGUACGGCUUAUAGGAGAAGAUAGGAAGUCAAAUAUCACUUAUGAGAGUCUGCCAACAGCAUCAGAGUACGUAAAAUAUACUUUUCAGCGGACACUGCUCAGAGACUCAAUCGAAUUUAAAGGACCAAGCGCAAAAUAUCCUAUCACCAAUCCCAAAAAGACUGUGGCACGAUUAGAGAGAGGAGGUCGGUGUCCAUCUGUUGCAGCUAUUAGUGGAUGGUCUCAUGCUUCGGAGCGGAACCCGAAUGUCAGGGUCAAGGGUAAGCGAUGGACAGCCGAUGUGCUCUAUAUCGCUAGCCUUGUCGGACACAAGCUUCCACCCCACGAGUAUGAUCAAGAUAUAUCAGGAGCGUUCUCUGCCUGUCAUGCAGAAAAGCAACUAAUCGCCCACCUUAUUGAUCGUCAUGUUUCCCUUGCCUGUGACACGAUUUCGGUCCCGGAGCUCGAAGAAAAACUUGACUCGCACCGAAAGAUCAAGACGGACUUGUUUCACCCCGAGGACACAUACCUCGGGCACAAGAAAGAUGAAGCCAGAAUAUCUAGAUCGAAGUCGGAACUUGCAUCUGUAAACAACAAGCUGGAGAAGCUUGAAUCAAAUCAUGAAGUCGGACAGAUCAUCAGCCUAGAGAAUCGAUUGGGCGGUUUGAAUCAGAACAGAGCCAAACACCAAGCACUGAUAGAUUUAUCCAAUGCACGACCACCACACUCGCUAAAGAUUGCGGCCGUAUUGGUCAGCUUCCCAAUUUGCCGGGACUGCGAGGAAUUUGCAAUAAAGGUGAAUCAAUACUUUGGCUUGUCCAUGCAAGUUGCAGCAGUGUGA